AUGCAUUCUUCCUUCUUUGCUGUCGUUGCAGCAGUUGCUGCCGUCAACGCCCAAGGAGCUUUGCCAGCUCCCUCUUCCACUGUCGUCGCAGACCCCGGCACACUCCCCCUCGGCGCCAGUUGCGCAAACACUGCACAAUGUGCAGGAGGAGCCCAAUGCUACGCCAGCAACUUUAUGCAAAUCACACAAUGCGGCAAGUACAAUGCCGAAUGCCAGAAUGACUCUCAAUGCGCGACCAAUUUCUGCGCUGGCGGGCUUUGCAGUGGGCCUCUGCCGCAAUCGGAUAGUGUUGCUUCGUCGACAACUUCAGCUGCUGAGGGCAUCCAAGCUGCUCCUUCGUCUACUGUUGUCGCUGCUGCUGGAUCUUUGCCACUUGGCGCGGAGUGUGCAAACACUGAGCAAUGUGCUGGAGGAGCAGAGUGUUUUGCCUCUACCGCAUGGCUCAUCAAGUCAUGUGGAAAGUUCAACGCUGCAUGCGCCAAUGACUCUCAAUGCGCAACCAACACUUGCAACAAUGGCUUGUGCAAUGGGUUCUUGGCCUCUUCUGCUUAUCUUGCCAACUCUGCUUCUGCCACUUCUUCAGGCUUGAUGUCUAGCUCCACGUCCAGUUCCAGUUCUGGUCUUAUCCCUCUCGGCAAGAGUUGUAAUGCUACUUCCCAGUGCGCAAAUGGAGCCGAAUGCACAGUCUCUUCUGCAUACCAGGAAGCCGCUGCUGGAAUGGUGUGUGGACCUUACAACGCCACGUGCACUGAUUCUUCGCAAUGCAGCUAUAAUUCUUGCUUUGAUGGCAGGUGUAUUGGAUACCAAGGAUUCGAGUAUGCUACUUCUACAGCGAUUGUGUCGGGAAAGCCUACCCUUGUUGCUGUUAAUGGCACGAGGGUGGGCACCAUGGCGCCGACGUCGAGUGUUGUGGCUUAUACGGGUGGUGCUCCUAGAGUUGGGGUUGAGGGGGUGGUUGCUGGUGUGCUUGGGUUUGUGCUUUUUUGCUUUAGAGCAUAG